ACCCUGGACAGUGAAAUGCGCACUAAGGACACUGCUUAAAAGAGGAGAAAACGCAACUUUUUGCACUAAUUUAAUAUAAUUAGCUUUCUUAUAUUAAGAAAAACUGAUAUUUUGAUUAAAAAUUUAGUUCAAGAUCAAGUUGUAUUUUUUCCACAGAUAUAAGUCAUAGUUCUUUGAAGAUGCAAAACUACGCAGAAGUUGUGAAGGACUUUGUAGAGAGGCAUCCCACUGGUCUGACAAUCGCUGCUGUUGCAGGAAUAGGGAUUCUCGGUUUGAGAAGAUGGAUGGCAGGAGGGGUGUGUCGGAGCAAGGCCAGGCUGGAUGGGAAAACAGUGCUGAUUACCGGAGCUAACACUGGCAUUGGGAAGAUGACAGCCAUGGAUAUGGCUCAGAGAGGUGCCAGGGUGAUCAUGGCCUGCAGAGACAUUCCCAAAGCCUACACUGCCGCAGAUGAGAUUCGACAAAAGACUGGGAACGGUAACAUUGUGGUGAAAAAACUGGACCUCGCUUCGCUGAAGUCUGUCAGGGAGCUGGCCAAAUACGUCCAGGAGAACGAGAAACGCCUCGACGUCCUUAUUAACAAUGCAGGUAUUAUGAUGUGUCCUAAGUGGAAGACAGAGGAUGGUUUUGAAAUGCAGUUCGGGGUCAACCACCUCGGACCUUUUCUUCUUACCAACUGUCUCCUGGACCUGCUGAAGAAGUCGGCUCCAAGCCGGGUUGUCGUCGUUUCAAGCGUCGCUCAUGUGACAGGUAGCAUACACUUUGAUGACAUUAACCUGGACCGAAACUAUGAUAAUUUGGUGAGCUAUCGACAAAGCAAGCUGGCAAACAUUCUCUUCGCCAGGGAACUGGCUGCAAGACUGCAAGGCACUGGAGUUACAGUGUACAGCCUUCACCCUGGUUUCAUUCGCACUGAGUUAGUGCGCCACCUGUUUCCCCAGUGGGCUUGGUGGAAGAAGAUGUUAGCCUCUGUGGCAAUGAUGAUUGUCAAGAGUCCGUGGGAGGGAGCGCAAACCACCAUCUACUGCGCCGUGGAGGAGAGUCUGGCAAACGAGAGCGGCCUCUAUUACAGCGACUGCGCUCGCAAACAGCCAGCGGCUCCAGCUCUGGAUGACGCCGCCGCCAAGAGGCUGUGGGAGCUCAGCGCCUCUAUGGUCGGUCUUUCCUAAACGUGUUCGCUGCCUCCUACCAGCGGAGAUGGUAGCAC